AUGCCCCCUGUUGCCGCCAAGGCAAACGCCUUGAAGGCCGAGGAGGAACUGAAGAAAAUGUCUGAUCCCGAAUGCUGGAAGCACCGAAUCGACAUAUUCGAGAAGCUCUGGGAGGAACAGCAGCGCCGCUUUCAGGAGAAGAAGGCGCCCAUCAAGGUCACGAUGGUGGACGGCAAGGUCCUGGAGGCGGAGAGCUGGGUCAACUGUCCGCUUGACAUCGUGAAGCGCAUCUCGAACUCGCUCGCGGAGAAGAUCAUCGUCACACGGGUGAAUGACCAGCUAUGGGACCUCACGCGGCCCUUUGAAGGGGACUGCUCCCUUGAGCUGCUGGACUGGGAGGACAAGGAGGCGCAGCACGUCUUCUGGCACAGCUCCGCCCACGUCCUCGGCUACGCCCUCGAGCGUGUCCUCGACGCAAAGCUCUCGGUGGGACCCCCGCUUGAGGAAGGCGGCUUUUUCUAUGAGGGCAUGACAAACCGCACGGUGACGGAAGCGGACUACGGCCUUAUCGAGGCCGCCAUGCAGGAACUCGUGAAGGAAAAGGCCCCUUAUCAACGCCUUGAGGUGUCGAAGGAGGAUGCACUCCGCAUCUUCGGCUACACGGAAUUCAAGACCUCCAUCCUGGCCAGCAAAGUUCAGGAUGGAACAACAUGUACGCUCUAUCGUUCUGGCGCCCUGAUUGACCCCUGCCGUGGUCCACACAUCACCGACACCGGCCGCAUUAAAGCCGUCAGUGUAUUCAAGAACUCCUCCUCCUAUUUCCAGGGCAAGGCAGAGAACGCAGUGCUGCAGCGAGUAUACGGGAUCACUUUCCCCAAGGCCUCCAUGCUGGUGGAUUGGCGCAAGAGGCAGGAAGAAGCCGCGAGGAGAGACCAUCGUGUGAUUGGCAAACAGCAACACCUCUUCCUCUUCAAUGAGGUGUCCCCUGGAAGCGCCUUUUGGCUGCCCCAUGGUGCCCGCAUCUACAACAACCUUGUGGAAUUCUUGCGUAAGCAAUACCUGCAGCGCGGCUUCCAGGAGGUGAUUUCGCCAAACAUUUACUCGUCCAAGCUGUGGAAGGUCUCGGGGCACUGGGAAAAGUACGCAGCGAACAUGUUCUGCACGACAUGUGAGAAAGAGGACUUUGCCUUCAAGCCCAUGAACUGCCCAGGCCACUGUAUCAUGUUUGCGAGCUUGCCGCACUCAUACAAGGAGCUUCCGAUUCGCUAUGCCGACUUUGGCGUGCUCCACCGUAACGAACUCAGCGGUACGCUAACGGGCCUAACGCGCGUCCGCCGCUUUCAGCAAGACGACGCUCACAUUUUCUGCCGCAUGGAUCAGAUCCGAGAUGAAAUAAAGGGUGCCUUGGACUUCCUGAGUGAUGUGUACGGCACGCUGGGAUUCAAGUUCCACUUCCUGCUCUCAACGCGGCCGGAGAACAAACUGGGCUCCGACGAGAUAUGGGACGAAUCCGAGUCCCACCUCCGUGCAGGGCUGAACCAUUUCUGUGGCAUCCCGGAGGCGCUGGAUGACCCAUUUCAUCCUGGUGAGACCUUUAUCUUUGAUGGGACCCCAAACUCGGUAAAGAAGCUAAAGGCGCUCGUGCGUAAGGCCAGCCAAAGCGAUGAUCCGUCAUUGUGGAAGGGCCCGAUCCACGCCAACGCAUGGAAAGAAAACCCCGGUGAUGGCGCCUUCUACGGCCCCAAGAUUGACAUUGCCGUUGAGGACGCCCUGCUUCGCCACCACCAGUGCGCCACGAUUCAGCUCGACUUCAAUCUGCCGAAUCGAUUUGGGCUUAAGUAUACGCUGGCAUCCGCCGUUGGAAAGGGUAAGGAAGACAGCGAGGACGCGGCGGAUAAACCGAAUGUGAAAAGUGAGGCUGCAACGCAACACGCCGAUCCUGUGGCGGACCCCGGGAACAACGCCGCCGCUAAACCAAAGACACCUUACGAAGAGGCUGUCCGUGAGUUGGGCCUUGACCUGCGACUGGAUGCGAACCAGGCACGCCCGGUGAUGAUUCAUCGAGCCAUCUUCGGCUCCCUCGAGCGUUGUAUCGCUAUCCUCUGUGAGCACAAUGCUGGAAUGUGGCCUUUCUGGUUGAGCCCGCGGCAAGUCAUGGUCGUCCCUGUCUCAGCUGCUAACAACGACUACGCACAAGAGGUAUGCGAUAUCCUCCAAAGGGAGAAGUUCUUCGGUGAUGCUGACUUCAGCUCCUCGACGCUUGACAAAAAGAUCCGCAACGCUGAAACCGCGCGAUUCAACUUUAUUUUUGUCGUCGGCCAGCAGGAACAGGAAGCUCAGACGGUUAACAUCCGAGCCCGGGGUGAACAGCGCUUGGGCACCAAGUCGCUGCAGGAAGUCAUUGAGUGGCUGCAUCAACUGGCUGAUAAGUAUUCGAGCGACUACUAA